AUCAUCGCCUUUGACGAACUGAGGACCGACUUCAAGAACCCCAUAGAUCAGGGCAACCCGGCGAGGGCACGAGAGCGUUUGAAAAACAUUGAGCGGAUCUGCUGCCUCUUAAGGAAGCUCGUGGUCCCCGAGUAUUCCAUCCACGGCCUCUUCUGCCUGAUGUUCCUGUGCGCCGCGGAGUGGGUGACGCUGGGCCUCAACAUCCCUCUUCUCUUCUACCACCUAUGGAGGUACUUCCACCGCCCGGCAGACGGCUCCGAAGUCAUGUACGACGCCGUCUCCAUCAUGAACGCGGACAUCCUCAACUACUGUCAGAAGGAGUCCUGGUGCAAACUCGCCUUCUACCUGCUCUCCUUCUUCUAUUACCUGUACAGUAUGGUUUAUACGUUGGUGAGUUUCUAAAGGGGGAAGCCGGCCAGGGAAUGAACCCCGAGAACGGACCGGACGCCUGUGGACCCCCAUCCCCGCGCCCCUUUCGGACAGCGGAGAAGAGCCACUCCCCGCCCCACCCCGCCCUCCCUUCGAAGCCCCAGCUCCGGGCGCCGGGGCCUCCCCAGCC